AUGUUUAAUUUGCAGACGAACAUAAAAGUUGAGACAGCAGCUCGCAAGAAGGAAGUCUCGCAGCUCAAACGUCUGGGUCGAGAGCCUCUUAGGGGGGCUGAAGAGCGCAUAAGCAUUGCAACACGGGAUGCCCUCCGCUCCGCAGACGCGCUGGAGCGACAUGUCAUCCAAUUUGAGGCAAAGAAACUCAAAGGCUUAAAGAAUAUCUUGACGGAUUUUGUGCACAUUGAGAUGUUGUGGCACGCCAAAGCGUUGGAAACACUAACAGAUGCUUUCAAUGUGGUUCAGUCGAUGCAAGAAGAGGUCGAUCUAGCCGAUUUUCGCAACACUCUCUUCCGUUCUGGCACUCUUAUUGGUCUUGACGGAGACCAUCUUCAGGCAAGUAUUCGUAUAUCCGCAAGGUAUUUGGAAUUAAGGCUCGCAAUCACUAUUAACUCUCAGGUCUCCUUUGAUCCGCCGAAGAGUCGUAGUGUUCCCGCGCUCAACUCCUCACCUUCCAACAUCCGCAAUCGCCAGGUGAAACAUCAGCAGGAGAACUUGGUGUGUUUUUUUUCCUAUCUUUAG